UGCACCUGCUUCUCUGUCUAUUUCCUCUCUCUAAAGUUUUCUCACUCCACUGUCAAUGGCCGCUUAUCCACCCUACUCUGCGGCUCCCGUUUUGCUUCAACUAAAUCCAAAUCCCUAACUUCGAAAACUGAAGACGAAGACGCAAUGAAAAUGAAGACUUUCUUCCUCAUCCUCGUCUCCAUAGCUUCAAUCUCCUUCUGCUCCGCGAUGGAAGAUGACAUGAUGUGCUUGGAAGGCGUGAGAAAAUCUCUCUCCGAUCCACUCGGCAAGCUUCGUUCAUGGACGUUCACCAACGACUCCGUCGCCUCAAUCUGCAAGCUCGCCGGAGUCUCCUGCUGGAACGAGAAGGAGAAUCGCCUCAUCAGCAUUCAGCUCCAGUAUAUGGACCUCUCCGGCGGGCUUCCCGAGUCCCUCAAGUUCUGUCGCAGCCUCCAAACCCUAGACUUCUCCAACAACCAUCUCUCCGGCCCCAUCCCUCCCCAAAUCUGCACCUGGCUGCCCUACCUCGUCACCUUGGAUCUCUCCAACAACCGCCUCUCCGGUUCGAUUGCGCCGGAGAUUGUCAACUGCAAGUUCCUCAACACGCUCAUUCUCGACGGCAACCGUCUCUCCGGUGCGAUCCCCUACGAGCUCGGCCGUCUCGAGAGGCUCAAGACGUUCUCUGUCGCUAACAACGAUCUCACCGGAACCGUACCGUCCGAUUUGUCUGGCUUCGAAAAGGACAGUUUUGAUGGCAACAGUGGGCUCUGCGGUAAGCCUCUCGGGAAAUGUGGCGGAUUGAGCGGUAAAAGCCUCGGCAUUAUAAUUGCCGCCGGGGCUAUCGGCGCCGCCGUGUCGCUGAUUAUAGGGUUUGGUCUGUGGUGGUGGUUUUUCGUUAGGGCAAGCAGGAAAAGGAGAGGCUUUGGUGGUGCUAGUGGUGGUGGUGAUGGUAAGGACAUUGAUGCUGGUUGGGUUGGUUUGUUGAGAGCUCACAAGCUUGUCCAGGUUUCUUUGUUUCAGAAACCCAUUGUGAAGGUCAGAUUGUCCGACUUAUUAGUGGCCACCAACAAUUUUGAUCGCCAAAACAUUGUGAUCUCAACUAGAACAGGGGUUUCCUACAAGGCCGUUUUGCCUGAUGGGUCUGCUUUAGCUAUUAAACGGCUUAAUGCUUGUAAGCUUGGUGAGAAACAAUUUAGGUCGGAAAUGAACAGGUUGGGGCAGCUUAGGCAUCCUAAUUUGGUGCCUUUGUUGGGGUUCUGUAUUGUGGAAGAAGAGAAGCUUUUGGUUUAUAAGCACAUGUAUAAUGGGACUUUGUACUCGCAGCUUAAUGGAAGUGGUAAUGCUAAUAGUCAGUAUGGUUUCUUGGAUUGGCCCACAAGGCUUAAGAUCGGUGUGGGCGCAGCCAGGGGUCUGGCUUGGCUUCACCAUUCAUGUCAGCCGCCGUAUAUGCACCAGAACAUUAGUUCCAAUGUGAUCCUGCUCGAUUAUGAUUUCGAAGCUCGGAUCACAGACUUUGGUCUGGCGAGGCUCGUGGGUUCUCGCGAUUCUAACGAUAGCUCGUUUGUGAAUGGAAAUUUGGGUGAAUUUGGUUAUGUUGCUCCCGAGUACUCGAGCACAAUGGUGGCAUCUCUUAAAGGAGAUGUGUAUGGUUUUGGGGUGGUGCUUUUGGAGUUGGUUACUGGGCAGAAGCCUUUAGAAGUCAACAAUCCAGGAGAAGGUUUUAAAGGGAAUUUGGUUGAUUGGGUUAACCAAUUAUCAAGUGCUGGUAGAAGCGUAGAUGCCAUAGAUAAUGCUCUAUCAGGGAAAGGUCAUGACGAUGAGAUAUUGCAUUUUAUGAAGGUUGCUUGCAGUUGUGUGGUUUCUAGGCCGAAGGAUAGGCCUUCAAUGUACCAGGUUUAUGAGUCCUUGAAAACCGUGGCUGAGAAACAUGGUUUCUCCGAGCAUUAUGAUGAAUUCCCUUUGAUCUUUGGCAAACAAGAUCUUGAUUAAAAGGGGAAGAUGGCUGAAAAAGAAUUAGAAAUGCAAAGAAAUGUCAUCACCCUCUUCGAGUAUUGUAUGCUUUUUUUUGCAAAGGUUUCCACUUUGGAGCAUAUGAUUCCCUGUUUUGUUACUCAUUUUGUUGUAUGAUUCUUUAAUAUACAAGAUGCAUGAUCCGUUAUAUAUUCUUAUGUGGUCCAAAGAAUUUUAUGCUUUUCCACUUGGAAAAAGCUGCUUUUUAAUGUCUUUGUUGUUCCUGGCCAUUCUGUUCUUUUAAGAAAUCUUUUCAAAUAUACACCAAAAGAG